ACGUCAAAAUAUGUGGGUCAAAAUCUACUCUGCUCACGGAAACAAAAACAAAUUUCUUAUCAGUGAUGGAGAACGAGUGAGAAUAACACUUAAUUGAUAGUUUAAAUUAAAUGAAUUAGUGAGGCGGAGUGAACUGUAUACUCUCGAAUCAACUUAAGUUAAUUCACCUUCAAAUGAAAAUUGUUUUGGAGAAUUAAAGUUGUCGGGAGUUUUCGAUAAUCGUUCGAUUAUUAUUGGCUGCAAAGACAGUCAACAAGUUUGUUUUAAGCUAAUUUUACAUUUUGUGUACUUUAGUGUUCCAAGCGCUACCCGCUUAAAAGUAAAUGUUGAAUUGCUGGCAGCAGGCGAGACAAUUGAUAAGAAAAUCUUUUCCGAUCAAUGAGACGAUUUUAAGGCCACUUUUCAUUCAAGAGAGAAACGAAAUCAACCUCUCGUCUCGUAUCACAUUCGCAUUUAGAAAAUUCAUUUCAACAACUGAUAUGGAACCGAAAGUAGAUGUAUUCAACGGUAUUAGAGACAGGUAUCAAGGUGUCACAGUCAGUAGUACCGCAUCCGAGCCACUUGAUAUCACAAAAUUUCCAAUUAAAUUACAAAAAUCGCUAGAGUAUUGGCAAGAGCAACAAUGUCGGUCGGUUUGGUUUAAAGUCGAUGUGGGUAAUUCGGAUGUUGUUCCCAUUUUGGCGAAGAAUGGUUUCGAUUUUCAUCAUGCCAAAGAGGGAUUUGUUAUGAUGGUAAAAUGGCUACCGACCGACGAAACAUCAAACAUUCCUGUGUACGCCCACACCAUGGUCGGAGUUGGAGGUCUGGUGAUCAACAAUAAAAAUCAGGUGCUGUCGAUAACAGAGAAACAAGCAAUAAUUGCUGGCAGUUGGAAGCUACCCGGCGGUUACGUAGAGCCAGGCGAAGAUCUAGUUGACGCUGUCAUCCGUGAGGUUGAAGAAGAAACGGGCGUUAAAACGAAAUUCCUCAGUUUGCUCAGCGUACGCCAUGCUCAUAGUUUCAAUUUCCGUUGUUCGGAUCUGUAUUUCGUAAUGGCCUUGACGACAACGGACGACAGUGCGUUGGUGAAUUGUCCACGUGAAAUAGCCGACAGUAAAUGGAUGGAUUUCGACGAAUUCCUAACACAUCCGAAUGUGCACGAACUGAACCGCAGUUUUCUGAGGACGUAUCUCCAUUAUCGCGAUGCGGGCAUUAAAAUCGAUUGCACUGAGCAUGAGCAUCAGCUGUUGCGGAGAAAAUAUAAACUGUUUUCGUUUGAGCCAUCGCAAGAGGAUGGCGACGUUGUAACUAAAAAAGGGAAUUUGUAGCGGGCUAUCUGUGAUCCUAAAUUAAAAUUUUCAAGACUCAGAUCCCGGUAUUUCAUUGAGAAUCAACGCA